UGGAGUACUACAUAACAGUGUCAUUGCGACCAAUCCCGACUACACUGUAUCUCCUUUUCUUCACUUCUCAACACAGCCUACAAGGUUAUUUCCUAGGUGUUCAAUUCACCAGGGCUUAAACCUCAGUCCGAAACAUGGCCAGCAACACAAUCGCACAAUCACCUUCAGGUGCAAUACACGUACCCAUAGACCAGGGAUACGAAGGGUGGACAGAAAAGUUCUCUCGAAAGUUCAAGGAAAACCCAUGGGUACCAAUCGGCUGCGUAGCGACGUGCGGCGCACUCAUCAUGUCAGCUGUCAAAAUGCGAGCCGGAAAGUCUACAGACAUGAACUACUGGCUACGCGCGCGUGUGGUCAUCCAGGGCGUGACCAUCGCUGCCCUCGUCGCUGGGUCCAUGAGCCUACAAGCACAGAGGAAAAAGGUCGAAGAAGCUACGGGAGUUACGGAGGAAACGAAGAAGGAGAGAGAAAAGGAGGAGUUUGAGAGUCGCUUGAGAGGAGCACAGGCGGCUUACGAGGAGGAGGCGGCGUUGGCUGGGAAGACGGUCAAGGGGCCGACGGUGAAAAGGCAUGUGCACCCGGAAACGGGUGCGCAGGAGAGGGAAGAGGAGACGGUUGAGAGAAAGGCUGCUACUCUUGCGGGGAGGCAGCAUCCCCAUCCUGUUGCGCCGGUGGACAAAAAACCACAAGAAGGAUAG